AUGGCAUACCCUGUGACUAUUUUGAUAUUAUGUUUUAUUUCCCCAAUUUUUAUGGAUGAGAGAGGAGAUAGGGUCAAAAGAAUUGUAGGGGGCAAUCCAGCAGAUCCUCCUCCAGAAGAUGACCCAACAGUUUACACAAAUUUUGCAGGUAAAGCAGCCCGAGUACAGGGUGUAAGAGAAUUUCCUCAUUAUGUCUUCAGGGGAAUCAAAUAUGCUCUUCCUCCGAUCGGAAAAAAUCGAUUCUUGCGGCCUAAGCAGAAGUUUUUGGAAGGACAUGUGGAUGCCACUAGAUAUGCUCCACCCUGUAUACAACCACGCCCUGGCACCAAUAUGAUUAUAGGCAGUGAAGAUUGUUUGGCUGUGAAUGUUUUCACACCUGAACUUCCUACAGGACUAGAAGGUUUACCAGUUGUAGUUUGGAUACAUGGAGGAGGUUUCAGAUAUGGAUCAGCAUCUCAGUAUGGUGUUCGACAUUUAGUAGGAAAACAGCUGGUAGUCGUUACAAUUCAAUAUCGACUAGGGUCUCUUGGCUUCCUCAGUGAUGGUAGCAAACAGCUUCCCGGGAAUGUAGCUUUGUGGGACAUGGUCCUCGCUGUACAAUGGGUCAGAAAUUACAUUGGCUUCUUCGGAGGGAAUCCUUACCGAAUUGUCGUUAUGGGUCACGACACUGGAGCCAGUAGUGCCCUUCUCGUAACUUUGUCUAAAGUUGCGAAAGGUUUAUCUGCUGGUGUAAUAGCGAUGUCUGGUACAGCAGUAUCGCGUUGGGCUGUCGAUAACAGUCCUCAAACUGCUGCCAAGGACAUUGCUGAUCAAAACGGGUGUCCAAUUGGGGAUAUUGUAACAAUGGUGAAAUGCUUGCAAACUUUACCCCCUGAAUCUAUAAUAAAGGGGGAUUCUUAUAUCGAGUUCCACAGGCUUCAAUCAAAUGGUUUCAUGUCUGGACUGUCUGGAAACUUGGGUGGUUCUCCUGUUACUGAAGGGGUCAAUGACGGCAGAUCUCUGCCAGGCCUCGUUGAAAAUGAACCAAUCAAUGAUUUGGAGAAAGAGAACAACCCCAAAAUACCUUUGUUAACUGGUAUCGUUAAGGAUGAAACUAAAAGAGCAGUUAAAGGAUAUAUGAAUGAAGAUAUCAUCAAAAAGCUGAAGACAGUUCCCAAUUACAUAGAAAAUGUGUUGGUAAACAAUUUGAAAGGAUUUAUUCCUCUCAAAAAUCAUCUGCAAGAGGUGAAGCAAAAUGCCGAAAAUUUGAUAACAGGAUUGAUACCUUUGAAUUUCAAAAAUUAUCUGCAACACAAUAAAGAUAAUUUAUUCGAAUCACUAGAAAAAAUAUCAGAUAUAACAAAUGAUGUAUUAUUCAAUGUUCCUGCUUUCCUGACAGUUGACAGAUGGUCAAGGAAUGGUGCGCCUACAUUUUUGUAUAGCUUUGAACACUUUGGAAAACUUAAAAAAGGGAAUACGUUUUUGAGGGGAUCUCCACUUGUUGGUAACGACACUGAAACACAUGAUGACAAUGGUACAGUAGGUCACGGGGAUGAUCUUGCAUAUUUGUUCGACGCAAACGAUGUGGAAGGAAAAUCACUCAACUCAGAUGUUAUUCUAAACGAAGAUGACAGAAAAGUCCGCGAUUUUUUCACGCAGAUGAUAUCGGAUUUUGCCCGUCACGGAGCUCCUAGGAUGAAUAAUAAAAAUAUCUUACCGUUUUCUGGUAAGACGAACAACUUCAUUCAGAUAAAACCCAAGCCAGAAAUAACGAACAAUUUCAAAUUUUGCGAAAUGGCACUUUGGUGCAAUAUAGCCGAGAGAUUGAAAAGCACUUCUUGUCAGUUCUUAGAUGCGCUGAAUACUUCUUUAAAAAAUAUUGAAAAUCUUGCUGGUGGCUUUUUGAACAAUACAGUGUUCAAUGGUAAUAAGAUAUGGAGUGGGAUGGUUAACAAAAGUUCAGCUCAUCAUUUUUCCAAUAUCUUUGGUGGAGGUAAUAAAAUUGCAUUACCAACCUAUGGUAGUGGAAAUACGACUGGAAUUGUAUCCAGCAGUAACACAAGCCAUAUUAAUCAUUCCAUAGGAAGUGGGAAUAAAAUCAAUAAUAAUGAAAACUACAUUGACGAAGAUCAUAAUAAACAACCAGGAAAUCUUUCCAUAAAAAAUAUUUCGGAUGCUGGACAUGCCAUCCUUGGUGGUGGUAAUGAGAUUUUACCACAAACCAGUGGUUUGAGUUUAUUGGCAAGUAACAAACAGAAUAAAGCAGUAACGAAUGUUCCAAAGGCUCCUUCAAGUAAAAUUAAUAGCAUUGACGAUUCCAUUAGUAAAGUUUUCAAUAAACCAGCACCUCCAGCAAAUAUUCUGGAUCAAUUGGGAGGAGUAAAUAAUAUUUUUGGAUCUGCAGGCAGAAAUAAACAACAAACAAACAAGAAGCCAGGGUUGAAUUUGGGGGGACUAUGGGGUUGA